UUCCUACUUCCUUCCCUUAUCCGGCCUAUAUUUCCAGCUCCGUCGCGCAAUAAUUGGCUGCGGCUGUACCACCGCGAGGCUCGCUGCCCUGCCAUGCGCUCUCUGUCUCCGCCGCCGUCGUCCUAGCUGCUAGAUCCAAGAAGCUUCCGGUCGACUUCCGUUCCACUUCCCCAACUCAAAGAGCCACACCCUCUUCCGGCUAGGAAGCCGCAGGCCGCAGCAGCGAGCGAUGGCGCUGGUCCGCUGGUUUCUGUUCCUCUUCCUUGCCGCCGCCCUGGCCGGGUUCGCCUCUGCGGCUCCCUUCGUGUCUGACAGCGUGUUCCAUACCAGAACCGGGUCGACGGGGAGGAGGAGCUUGCUGCAGACCAAGGACCCCUGUCCUCUGAGCUUCGAGUCCCAGGACUACACAAUCAUCACAAGCAAGUGCAAAGCGCCACUGUAUCCUCCCACGGAAUGCUGUGAUGCUUUCAAGAAAUUCGCAUGCCCAUUUGCCACAUAUCUCAACAACAGGAGCACUGACUGCGCAGAGACAAUGUUGACCUACAUCAACUUCCUUGGCUCGUACCCAUCAACCUUAUUCUACGAAUGCGUAGUAGGCUUGGUAGGGCUUUCUUGCGAAGGUGUCCCAGCAAUAGAAACCGGUAUGUCAAAUGGUGGGCAACGAGCUCAAGGGAGUUCUCGUCCUUUGAUUGCUCUCUUGUGUGCACUGGGGACUAGGAGCAUUAAUUGA